GCUGGGAUCCCAAAAGACCGCAAGCUCUGUUCCCCCCCUCUGGUAUGCUUUUGAGUCGCCGUGGUUACUGCACAGACCAUCGAGGGCCGGCGAAAGGGUGUGCUGGAUCUCAUAGGGGGCUUCUUAUUCCCCAAUCCUGCAUCGGAUUCAAUUUCAAGCAGUAUGCAGAUGCCUGAGGGCGCAGUCAAGUUUUAGUCAGGAGGUGCACGCAUCUAACAUGGGGAACAGUGCAAAGGGAGAUGGCAGGCAAGAGAGCCGGUCGGACGAUGCCGCUGUGUACCUAAGAAGGAGGAUUGACCUGACCACCGGCACCUCACUCGUCCUCGGCACAGUGGUGGGCAGCGGCAUCUUCAUCGCGCCUAAGGGGGUGCUGGAGAACAGCGGCAGCGUGGGGGUCUCCCUGCUGGUCUGGGCACUGUGUGGAGUGCUUUCCAUGGCCGGUGCCUUGUGCUACGCGGAGCUGGGGACGACCUUUAAGAAGUCUGGAGGGCAAUACGUAUAUCUGCAGGAGACGUUCGGCCCUCUGCCUGCUUUCCUCUACCUCUGGGUUGAAUUCAUCGUGAUCAGACCAGCUGCAGCCUCCGUGGUGUCCCUGGCCUUUGGUCGCUAUGUGAUAGAGCCCCUCUUUGCCCCCUGUGCCGCACCCGGGGUCCUGAUUAAGCUGGUCAGCCUGCUGGCCGUGACCUUUGUGGUGGCAGUUAACUGCUGCAGCGUGAAACUGGCCUCCAAAAUUCAGGUCACACUCACCUUCAUCAAAGUGUUCGCCCUCAUCCUCAUCAUUGUCCCUGGCGUCAUGGCGCUGGCCAGAGGAGAAUUGAAGAACUUCAGCAAUGCCUUUGACUCUGAGUCCUUAACAGUGACCAAACUCCCACUGGCAUUCUAUUCUGGACUCUACGCCUAUGCUGGAUGGUUUUAUUUGAACUGUGUCACAGAAGAGGUCAUCAAUCCCAACAGUCUUGUCAGAAACAUCCCACUGUCGAUUGUUAUCUCCAUGGUAACAGUAACUGUGUGCUAUGUGCUGGUUAAUGUGUCAUACUACACGGUGAUGACCUCGGCUGAGCUACUGGCAUCGGAUGCCGUAGCUAUGACGUUUGCCCACCGCUCUCUGCAGAGCAUCGCAUCCAUCAUCCCCAUACUGGUGGCCAUAUCCUGCCUGGGGUCUCUCAAUGGGGCUUUCUUUGCAAUAUCCAGGAUGCUGUUUGUGGGAGCCAGGGAAGGCCACUUCCCCGCUUUGUUCUCUAUGAUUCACAUCCGCAGAAAGACACCCCUGCCAGCGGUACUGAUGCUGUACCCGCUGGUGGUGGUGAUGUUGAUUAGAGGCAAGCUCUUCCAGCUGAUCAACUAUGCCGCCUUCUCCCGCUGGCUCUUCAUUGCUAUGACAACCCUGGGAUUGCUCAUACACCGUUACAGGUUCCCCCUCCACUCCAGACCCUUCAAGGUGCCGGUAGCCAUUACUAUCAGCUUCACUGCAGUAUGUUUUUUCAUUGUGGGCAUGUCCCUGUACUCAGACCCCUGGAACACUGGGAGCAGCUGUGCAGUCACACUGUCAGGCGUGCCAGUGUACUACCUGACUGUGCACCAGCAGCGCCUACCUGUCCGCUGGAGAAUGGCCAUCCAGUCAUGCACCAAGCAUCUUCAGAUCCUAUUGGAGGUGAUCCAGCAGGAGGUCAAAACAUACUGAAGCCCUCAGAGAUACUCAUCACAUCCACUUCCUGUGUAAACCUUUAGCUCAAUGAAAAAGUGACAUAAGAAAAACUGUCGAUAUAGUACAUAACUUUAAUAGGUGACAGAAUAUAAUAUAAAAUCUAUAAUAGGCACUAGAGAUGCAGUGGUACACGGUAUAUCGUUGAACUAUUCAGUACAUCCCCUAUGGUUCAAUAUAUACAUGUGAACCGUGGUAUUCCGAAUUUUCCUAUCAUUUCCAAAACUUGCUUAUUGCCCUGUAGGCUACAUGCACGUUGUACAUUCAGCUCCACAGAACAUGCGAAAUCCAAUCUUCCAUGCUAAUUCCAACCUCAUGUUGCUCGACGAUUGCCCGAUGAUGCAAGCCUGAUGAUGCUGUUUAAAAUCACCCUGUAAGUUCACCCUAACUGUUGCUGCAUGCGUUCACACAAAAUCAGCCUACAAAUGUUUUAAAAAGUUAUUUUUACUAUAAAAAAUUGUUUACAUUUAGCUUAACAGUAUAACAACUGCUUUAUUAGAUUAUCAAUGUAUAUUGAGCUCAACAGAGAUUUGUUUUAUCGAUUAUAACCAUAUAUUUAGCUCGAUAAGAAUUGUUUCACCAACAUCUUAUUAUAUUAUGUGUAUUUAGCUCCAUAGCAACACGUUAUAUUGAUUAUAAAUAUAUAUUUAGCUCCAUAAUUGCAUCUUUUUCUCUUGUUCUUCUCAUACAGUAGACUGAAACUAGACCUUGUCAGUCAUGCUUCUGAGAGUAAAGCGAUUUCUUAUAUGGAAAAAUAAAGCAUUCAUUGUUUAAUUAAAA